CCAUUUGCAUCUCUUUUCUUCCAUCCGCAUCGAUAACAGAACAUCCACAAACAAUGACCCAGCAGCAUCUCGCCACCUUCACCUGGGGCGCAGGCGCACAAACAGUUUGUGUCGCCGGUAACUUUAACGACUGGUCUGCCACUGCCACUCCUCUCAAGAAACAAUCAGAUGGAAGCUUCCUGGCCGACGUUUCCGUUCCAUGGGGAGAGAAGCAGGCGUUCAAGUAUGUGGUCGAUGGAGAGUGGAAGGUUAGAGAAGACGAGGCAAAGGAAUGGGAUGCCGCUGGAAACAUGAACAAUGUCUACACUGCUCCCGAAGGCCCUGAUGACAAAAAACCUGUGGACAAGUCAACGGCUACUGGUGCCACUGGUGCUUCAACCUCUGCUGGCGCUGGCGCUGGCGCCGGUGCUGCCGCGGCUGCCUCCGCCCAUGCCAAGGACCCCGCCACGAAGGAUGCUACUUCCAAACCUCCAACCACCGCCGUCCCCCCUGCCGACACUGCCGACACUGCCCCUGCCUCAACUGGUAACAAGAAGACCGAUCCUGAGGCUCUGAUUGCUGCUGCUGCCCCUGGUGCUGCCAUUGGUGCUCCUAUCUUGGGCAAGCCUGUCGCCGGUGCAGAGACAGCUCCCACCUCUGGCAUCACUACGACCACCGCUAUUGGUUCUGGUACCGCUGCUGCCACCGAGACCAAGACCAAGGACAAGGCCCCCGUUGAGAGUGCUACUCCUUUCGACAACAAGGCUGCAGCCGACAAGGCUGGGGUCGCUGAGAAGGGUACUGCCAAGGACACUCUUUCCCCCGGUCCUGUCCCUGUCGCUAUGGUCGCUGAGAAGGGCACUGCCAAGGACACUCUUUCCCCCGGUCCUGUCCCUGUCGCUAUUGCCGUCCCUACAGACAAGAAGGCUGGUCUCACUGAGAAGGGUACUGCCAAGGACGUGAACGCUCCUGGCCCCAUCCCGGGAUCAACCGCCGCUUCUGCUGAUACCGCCGCCAAGGCUGACGAGCCCAUCGACCCUGCUGUAGCUGCCACCACUGACAGUUCAGGUGCUGUCCGAGUCACCGCUGUCGACGCGACGCCUCAGCAAAUCGAAAUGGUCGCUGCUGCCGCUAAUGUUGGUGAAGCUCCAACCGCUACUGUUGGAGGAGAGCAUGGUCUUGCGGAGAAGGCUGCCGAGUACGGUGCGGCUGCCAUGGCCACCUUUGGAUCUGUUGUAGGCGGUGCAGCUGCCGCUGUGGAGAAGGCGACUGGUGUUGACCUUACUCACUCUAGUCCUCUGUCCGUCGAAGAAGCCCGCGCGCGAGGCAUCGAUGUCACCAACCUCGAAAAGGUCGAUGCCCCAACUGACACCACUUCCCCUCAGGGAUCCGCACCUCCCGCUUCCGCUGUCGCCGCGCUCGACGAAAAGGUCGCCGAACUCAAGUCUGAAACCAUUGGCGCUAGUAGCACAACAGGAGUGACAGACCAGGUGGCUAUGCCAUUGCCAAAUCAGCAGGCUCCGAAGACUUCUUACCCUGCCGACGGGUCUUCCACUCUCGGCCACACCGCUUCUACGACAGACAACAAGGAGAAAGACAUCAAGAAUGACAUUCCUGCACAACCUGAAACAGCAGACAUGAACCACCGAGCCGUACCUGCCCCUGUAUUUACCACAAUCGCCCCUAAGGACCCCAAGAAGGACCGAUCUCUAGGGAGCAGUGACCUCAACGAUACUGCCGGUACGAAGCCCAUCGAUGCCGCUCCCGGUGUAGACGCAAAGAAGGCCAAGAGGGAGGAAGAAGCCAACCCCACAGGCGCGACUGGUGAGAAGCCCGAAGUGGCCGAGGCUAAGAAGGCUGCUGCUCCUGAUACUCCCGAAGAUAACUUGAAGCUCAAGUCUGAAGACGUGGGUAAAGGUACUGGUGCUGGAGUAGGGUCCGCUUCCGAUGGCAGAGCGCAAGUCCCUCAAUCAGGUGUCAAGGCCGAAACUUCUCUUUCCUCCCCUUCGGCUGCAACUGCUACUACUACCGAGACUUCUCAACCUGCUAGCAGCGCGACUGGAACAACCGCCACGCCUUCCAAGACGACAGCGGCGACGACUAACGGAACAUCUGUGCCUGCUGCUGCAGCUGGUUACGGUGGAGCUGUCGCCGGUGCCGCUGGUGCCGUCGAGGCUGGUGGUGCUGGUUCUACUACCACUGGUGCUUCAAAUACAGCGGCUCCAAGUACCCCUGCCGGGACUAAGCCUACUUCUACCUCCACGCCCACGCCAGGAAAGGAGUCUAGCAGUGGACCCGGAUCUGUGAAGAAGAAGACUGGUUUCCUUGCCAAGAUCAAGCACGCUCUUUCGCCCGGACACAAAUCCAAGUAAAGAACAUUGCCCAUCGACUGUAUUACGAGCUCUCCAUCUAUCGGCCUUGAUAAAGUCUUUUGAACUUUUUCCCUUUACUCAUUUUUUUCUCCCACUUAAUCUUUUUUCUUCUAAUUCUUAUUUAAUACAUGGUCUAGCGUCGUAAUAGGGGAACUGUGAAGUGAAAUAUACAAAGGUCCUGGAUAUACCAUGGGAUAGUGUUUUGCGUAUUAUACAAAAAAGUAUGUGAAAUGAAAAAAAAGUGUUAUUUCGCA